UAAAAACCUCUAAGGAUGGAGAUUCCACCACCUCCCUAGGUAACCCAUUCCAGUGCUUCACCACCCCUCAUAGUGAAGGUCUUAGUUGUUUCCAGCAGUCAUCUUGGGUGGAGUAACAGGGAAGAACUGAUGACCUGAAUUACCUCACUCCCCACCCUUAAAUAGGAUUUGCAUAAGGCGGAAGUCCUUUGUUUCCUAGUCUGACACACACACACCCAGCUUCUUGUGGAAAAGUAUGGAAUUCAAGAUGGGUUCCGGUAUCAGGUGACAUGGUCACAUGCCUCUGUAGGGUAUCUGUAACCAUUCUUCACAGGCUGACCCACAGGUUCAUGGGGAGACUAAGCCCUUUUACAGUCCAUUGUCUCGUGCUGACGGGUCAUCAGCACUGCUUUUCACUGUUGUACCUGACGUGUUAGCAGGGGACGUCACCCAAAGUAACACAUUUGAAAUACAGAUACAUAAUCAAUAUUCCUAAUUUCAGAUACAGAAAUGAUACAUGCAUACAAAUUGGAUAAUCGCAUUCAGUAAAUCAUAACCUUUCCAAUGAUACCUCACAUGAGCCAUCUUGCAUAAAAUAUCUGUUAUGUCAUACUUGUAUCAUAAGCAUAUUUUCAUAAAGAAUAUGGAAUGACAUGUCACACUCCCCAUUGGUGGUCUGCAUCCAGGCCUUUGGGUAUGGGGUCUGACAGAUCUCUGUGCUCUGAGCACGCCUAAAGGAUAGGGCCUGUGGGUAGGUGAGAUAAGUGUUCCCCAUCCUAAUUUGAAAAGUCUGCUUUGGGGCCUCCAUGGUUUCCACUUGAACUAGGGCUUCGUGCUGCCCAUCAGCUGUGGGGUGGGAUUAGGGGCAUGUGGGGCAUUAGGACUUUCAUGGCUUUGUGAAUGGUGAUCAGCAGAAACCUAGGUGCCUGGAGUCCUAUUGGGUUAGGUGUCAGCAAAAAUGUCAAUGGCACCUAAAUGGUGAAGUCAAGAGUCCUAGUGUAUGGUAGUGCGGCCUCGCUGAUCGAUCACUGGCCUGGGCCUCAGGAGACUUAAGUUCUAGUCCUGGCUCUGCCACUGGCCUGCUGGGUGGCCUUGAGGGUCUCUUCCCCUCUUUGUGCCUCAGUUUCCCCAUCAGUAAAAUGAUGAUGAUAUUGAUCUCCUUUGUAAAGCACUUUGAGAUCUAGUGAUGAGUUAGGGAGGAUUAUUAUUAUUAGUGAUUAGUCGCAUCACUAGAUAACACUUUCCUGUUACUUGGCUAAAAUUAGCCUGCUAUAUAAAGGUGAAUUAUUUUACAUGGAAGCUUCUUUUUAUCAUUCCAGUCAGCGUUACAUACAAGAUCUGAAACAACAAUAUGCUGGGCUGGGCGCUUCUUCCUGGUGCUGGGCUGCUGAGUCCUUGGUGUUUUAGCUGGGAUUUUUGUGCUGUGUCUUGAUUUAGAAGCACUGUGUUUACUGUUCAUUGGUUGCCAUAGUUCCAAGAGUUUCUCACAGUCAAUAGAAGAGAGAUUUCUGAGAAAGCCAUUUAACUGAUAACCUUAGUCUGGUGCUUGGCACAUAGCACUCACUGACCAUAUUUUGUGAUUCUCUGUAGUAACUGAGAUACAUUUCCCUCUCUGGAACAAAUCCUGGUCUCUCUAUUAUUAGCACUAUGUGUUUAACAAUAGCAGUUAUACAUGGGGGAUCAUUUCCCGUGUGGGUCAGGAGACUCUUCUUAGUUUGCACUUAUUCUAGACACCUGUCAGGGGUUAUAAUUUAUCUUUGCUUUAUUUGAUAAAGACCUUUCUUAUCUUUCUGCGUCAAAGACACAUACAGGAACUGAUUGAACAAGCAAACAUCCCCAAUCACUUUCUCUUCCCACCCCAUUGAGUUUAUUUUGCCAGUAGCCUCCUGCUGCCAGCAGCUGAGGACUUUGGAUUUUUUUUUCAUCUCCCAGCACAUCUCUGUGGGCAAAGAGAAAAAUCUAAAAGGUCUGGAAACUGCAGCAGACUGAUGGCGGCUUGAAGAACAGAGUAUGGACAUUCGAAGAGAACAACCUAUCUCUUGAAGAAUCAGCCAAGAGUUAAAGGCACCAGGUCUUAAUUUUUUUCUGCUGAAACCCCAGAAAGCAUUGGGUCCUGCUCUUUCAGUCCAGACUUCAGCUGCACAUUUCCUUCCAGCUUGGCUUUCUCUGUGGUGGAGUCAGUGUAGACUGUGAAGUCAGUUACACCUCUUGGAGCCAAUGUGUCUCCCAUCCUUAUCUCCUAAGGAAGAUGAGCCACUUCUUGUAUGCAGUGUUACAUUUUCUCCUGGGCUUCUUCAUCCCCUCAGCCAACCUGCUGGUAAUUGUGGUUGUCUACAAACUAAUGAAGAAGAAGCAGGGCAGAAGCUACAUCUUCAUCCUUAACCUGGCUGCUGCAGACCUGCUGGUGGGAGUGAUGUGCAUUGCAGAGGCACUGGAUGAUAUCCUGGAUGGAGACUUUGACAAGAAUUUAUCCUUUUGUCUCUUGCGGAUCUGCAUGAGCAUGACACCUUGCAUUGGCUCCAUUCUCACCUUGCUCUUGAUUUCCCUGGAUAGAUACUUGGCAGUGAAGCUUCCCCUUUAUUAUCCUACCCUCUUGAACAAAAAACCCAUCAUCUUCUCUCUUGCCAUUCUGUGGGCCGUCUCCAUUUUGUUUGGGCACAUGCCUUUGAUUUCUCCCUCCCUGCAGCAAAGCAACUACACAGGCUACUGUGGGCUCCUGUAUGCAGCCAAGAGUGACUACCUGUAUGUGACCUGCUUUGGGAUCUUCAUCCCUUCCUUGUUGGUCAUGAUCUGCCUGCACAUCUCAGUCGGGAGGAUUGCCUACUCACAGCACAAGCGAAUCUGGCGCACCUGCCUGCAAACAGAACCCCUCACCGCUCACCUCCGCCAUUUCAAGGCACUGCGGACAGUACUUAUAAUGAUUGUCGGCUUCACCAUCUGCUGGGGACCUUAUUACCUGGCAGGCUUUGUGCAAGCUACUUGUGACUCCUGCAACCUGGCUGACCCGAUAACGGAUGUCUUAUUCCUGCUGGGAGAAAUCAACUCCCUCAUCAACCCCCUCAUCUAUGCUCUGUACUGCAAAGAUAUAAGAAGCCAGCUGCCCAAACUGAUGUGCAAGAAGAAAGGCCAAGUAAAGCCUCUGGCUGUGGUUCACUUUAAUAUCCAAGCCCUUGAUGGUUUAUCCAAUGGGGAGGCUAAGAGACCCGAUUUAUCUGAGGUUCAAGUCCCCAAUACUACUUUCUUCAACAGUUCUAGUCACUGCAAAAUCGUCUUCUCAGUGUCAUGAUCCAAAGCAGAAGAGCAGCUCUGCAUGAACCACCAGUGAAGUGGAAUGUGAGACUGACAGUUUUCUAGCAUAACAAUCAACCAACCACCUGGACUUGGAGCACAUUGACUGGUAUCCAGAUUUACUACUUUCCCUUUUGUCCUCCUCUGUGUAAAAGGUAGCUGAGCUGGCUGGUGGGGAAAAAAAAAUCAAAACUUUGUCAAAAAAUGGAGGGGGUAUUAGUGUUUUAAAAUAGCCUGUAACAGUUCUGUUUGGACAACUAAACUCUGCAAUAUUUUACCACCAGUGUUAUAAACCUCAACAUGCCCUGAACCACUGUCCACUCUUGCUCAGACCUGGGUAAAUCAGGAGUAACUCCUUUUUGAAGUUAUGUAUUCAUCAGGAGCAGUUACGCAUAGGAUCAUUUCCUGUGUGGGCCAGAGAGACUCUAUUUGCACUUCUUUAGAAACCCAGUGGCAGCAGGUUAUUACUUUAUCUUUACUUUGUUUGGUGAAGUCCUUUCGUAUCUUCCUGUGCCAGCCACAUUCUGUGAAUGAGUGAACCUGUCAUCCUACCCAGCUGUUGUCUGUUACCAAGUUAAAAUGAGGUCAGGCUCUGUAUCAAAAUAUAUUGUGCAGUAGGUAAACACAAUUCUGCUUUACCAUAUGUAAAUAUAUUUUCCUGAGCUUUUAAAAUAUAGCGGUGGUCAGAGGGCAGCGGCCAAAAGUUGCGGCCACCUAUCUAGUGACUGGCUGAUGGUUUAUGUGGCUUCAGCCACAUAGUGCUCAGUGGAUUGGUGGUCCAUAUCACACAUGCCACCAUAAAGAACACCAUUUGGCAAUCUUAGCAGUGGGGGCAAGGAUCAGGUGGGUAUGGAGCGUGAACCAUCCCUAUAAGAAAUCCCUCCUAGUUAGGGGUAGGAAUGCACUUGAAGGACAAAAUGGGAAAGCCUGCACUGUUGCUACUGGUGUGCAGAGAAUGUGGUUAAGGCACUGGAUUGGAACUUGGGAGAGCUGAAUUUAGUUCCUUGCUCUUUCACUGACAUUGUGUGUAUGAGAGAUCUUGGUCAAGUCACUUAGUCUCUCUGUGCCUCGUUCCCCAGCUGUAAAAUGGGGAUAUUAAUGCUUCCCUUCUGCAUGCCGGUGAUAGGGGUGUGAAGAUAAGUCCAUAAAAUCCUUGUGUGGGCUCAGCUGCUACAGUGAAGAGGGCACAAAACAAACAAGACAUCUAGCCCCUGCCCAACUUGUCUCUUUUUAACACAAGGUGAGUGUAAUUCCUACUCAAUACAGCACAUGAGCUCUGUCAGGAACAGUUAUGUGCUCCUCUCUAUUAGUACUGGUGUUAACUAGUCACAACCUUAAACAUA